AUGUCGAACUUCAACAACCAAAAAGAAAACGACUUCUGGAACAACGCCGUGAACGAUUUUAAUCAAUCGUACUCUAACCAGCCACCACAAACACCCUUCAUCCCACCACCAAAUGACCCCCGUUAUGCUCAGUUCAUGGCAGCUUAUUAUGUUUCACUUGCCGCUGCACAACCCCCUAAUUUCUACCAUGGGGGGUCGUCGUCAGCUGCACAAUUUCAACAACACGAUCAACACUCGUUUCCCACACCACCAUGUAACCCCACCCCCACACACGAAUCUGCUCCCACGCCAGAAUCUGUUCCCACCCCCCAAUCCAUCCCUGAAGCACAACCAAAAAAGGGUCGGGUCAAAAGCAUGUCCAAACGCACCAAGAAAAGCAAACAACCAAAAGAACCUGCUGCAAACUCGUCAAAUUGGACCGAGCUUGAGAUGAAAGUUCUCACUGAGUGUUGGAUCGAUGCUACAGAAGAUCCAUACAUCGGCAAAGACCAAUCUGUUGAUUCUUUUUGGGGGAUAAUCAUAGAUAAGUACAAUGCAAGAUUCCCCAGCAACACAAGAAACCACAAUCAAAUAAGUGGCAAGUGGAGAAAGAUCAGAACAAAUGUGUCAAAGUUCAACGCAAUCUGGAAAGGCUAUGAUGGUCAUCGGUGCAGUGGUGAGAACGAUGCCCAAGUAAUGGAGGAAGCGCGAUCAGAGUACUUUACUUAA